AUGGCGGCGAAGAGAAUCGGCGGAGCCGGGAAAUCUGGCAGCGGAGGAGAUUCAAACAUCUUGGCGAGGAUCUCCAAUUCCGGGAUCGUAUCUCAAGGAAGACGCGCAGCUGGAGAUGUCGCCGGAGUAUCGAAGAAAUUGCUAUGGAGCACGGGAAAAGCGGCGUGGAUCGCCGGUACAACUUUUCUCAUCCUUGUUGUUCCGCUGAUCAUCGAGAUGGAUCGUGAAGCUCAGCUCAAUGAAAUAGAUCUUCAGCAGAGCAGCAUCCUCGGAGUCCCUCCGUCUCCUAUGCAAAGGGGAUUGUAG